GGGUGGUCCGGGCCUCGAGCAUCUUCCCAAUCCUGAGUGCCAUCCUGCUGCUGAUGGGGGGAGUGUGCAUCGCCACCAGCCGAUUCUACCGGAGUCGCAGGAACAUCGUGCUGGGUUCCGGCAUCCUCUUCGUCGCUGCUGGCCUGAGUAACAUUAUCGGUGUGAUUGUCUACAUCUCAGCGAACGCGGGAGACCCGAGCACCAAGAGGGAUGAGGACAAGAAGUUCCAUUACUCUUAUGGCUGGUCCUUCUACUUUGGCGGUCUCUCAUUCAUUGUGGCCGAAGCUGUGGGGGUCUUGGCUGUCAACAUCUACAUCGAACGGAGCAAAGAGGCCCGGUCACGCCGGAGCCGGACUGCCCCGGCUAAACCCGCCAGCUCCACGGCCCUCCGCCUUCCCUCCUACCGUUUCCCCUACCAGCGCCACUCCAGGGACGACCCAACCGCGGUUUCUCCCUCCGGCCUCCCACUCGCUUCCGCACCACCACCUUCAUCCUCUUCCUCAAUGGCCGUCCCUGCCGCUCCUACUGCCCCCUCUUCCUCCUCCUCGGCGGCUGACCUCUCCCUGUUCGCUCUGUCCCGCGAUCCCUCCAAGGGCACCCUCGCCAAUCUCCUCAACUGUGAGAGGGAGGCAGGGUUCCUGCAACUUCACAAUUGUUUCGGAGGAGGAGGGGGAGGAGGGGCAGACGGGGGUAAGGAGAGCUCUGAUACGAACACCCUGAACCGCAAGACUACGCCUGUCUGAGCGGAGGUGGGGGCAAAAGGCAGGGGGAGAUAGAUCCACCUCAGUCUCUGUGUCUCACUGUGACGGGACGGAGUGGGGGGAGCUUCACUCUGUGCCUGACCCCGGGAGUAUGUGAUGGGACGGUGUGGAGGGGGUUUCACUCUGUGUCAGAUCUCAGGAGUCUCUGAUGGGAGAGUGUGGAGAGAGCUUCACUCUGUGUCUGACCCCGGGAGUGUGUGAUCGGAUGGUCUGGAGGGGGUUUCACUCUGUGUCAGACCUCAGGAGUCUCUGAUGGGAGAGUGUGGAGAGAGUUUCACUCUGUGUCUGACUCCGGGAGUGUGUGAUGGGACAGUGUGGAGGGAGUUUCACUCUGUGUCUGACCCUGGGAGUGUGUGAUAGGACGGUGUGGAGGGAGAUUCACUCUGUGUCUGACCCUGGGAGUGUGUGAUGGGACAGUGUGGAGGGAGAUUCACUCUGUGUCUGACCCCGGGGGUGUGUGAUCGGACGGUCUGGAGGGAAAUUCACUCUGUGUCUGACCCCGGGAGUGUGUGAUGGGACAGUGUGGAGGGAGCUUCACUCUGUGUCUGACCCCGGGGGUGUGUGAUGGGAUAGUGUGGAGGGAGCUUCACUCUGUGUCUGACCCUGGGAGUGUGUGAUGGGACAGUGUGGAGGGGGUUUCACUCUGUGUCUGACCCCGGCAGAGUGUGAUGUGACAGUGUGUAUGGAGGUUCACUCUGUGUCUGAACACGGGAGUGUGUGAUGGGACUGUGUGGAGGGGGUUUCACUCUGUGUGUGACCCUGGGAGUGUGUGAUGGACGGUGUGGAGGGGGUUUCACUCUGCGUCUGACCUCAGGAGUCUCUGAUGGGAGAGUGUGGAGAGAGCUUCACUCUGUGUCUGAUCCCGGGAGUGUGUGAUCGGACGGUCUGGAGGGAAAUUCACUCUGUGUCUGACCCCGGGAGUGUGUGAUCGGACGCUGUGGAGGGAGAUUCACUCUGUAUCUGACCCCGGGGGUGUGUGAUGGGAUAGUGUGGAGGGAGCUUCACUCUGUGUCUGACCCUGGGAGUGUGUGAUGGGACAGUGUGGAGGGGGUUUCAUUCUGUGUCUGACCCCGGCAGAGUGUGAUGUGACGGUGUGUAUGGAGGUUCACUCUGUGUCUGAACACGGGAGUGUGUGA